CAGACGAUUCUUGAGUUUGUUCGUUCGUGAGUUGUGUGUAGUAGGUGCCCACCCCCUAUUGCACACGGAUGAACACAUACACACGACCGUAGUUGUCGUGCAGGAAAGAUAGAAGAAGGGCGUCUAUAACAUUUUUCGCGUGAUAAAAAAGAGUGGUUGAGAUCGAGCCGAGGCUUUGUGCAGAGAAGGUGUCGAUUUUUCUCUCGCAAGUUGUCGUGUUCGGACGAAGACUUAGAACUUCGAACGACCCCCCCCCCCCCCCAAAAAAAAAACAGAAGAAAAACACAAUAACCCUCCCAACAUUCCUCGAAUUGCGUGAGGCUUCAGUGAUGGCGAUUUCUGUUUACAUCUGUGUCUUGGCUAGUUCAGUCGACCAAACUUUGACACUGGCUGUCUAGCUUGCCAAUCAACGAUAGAGCCCACUGCCUGUACAGAUUCCCAGAUUGGACGCACACACACAGGGCAUUGCUUCAGAGCUGAUUCUCUGCGUCUCUCUCUCUCCCCUCCCUGGGUGUUUCAUCCUGUUUGAACUCUGGAGGGGGGAAAAGUUUCAGUCACUUUCUGAAAGCGAGUACUGUGUGCUACAGCAAGCAGUCUUCGUGCUGCCAAUUCUCUCUUCACAAAUGUCCUGAACGAUUUCAUCCCUCUCACUGUUGUGUGUGUGUUAUUCGCAGCACUGCAGAACAAACAUAGGGGCACCCCUCAUUUCGUAUAUAUACCCUGCCACAGCCAUUGUGCAGGCAGCAGCCAGGCCUGUUGGCACGCACAUCGACGCCCGAGUGAAAGUGAAAGCGCCGUGGUGUUCGGGCGGUCGUUAUUCCGACAAAUAAAAUUCACAAUUUUUUCCUUUUUAAUUCGUUUCUUUCAGUUGUUAUCUUUUGCUCGUUUGUUCUAGUGAUGCUAUCCCAUGCUUCCGUGACGGCGUAAAAAUUUGAGCGAACGGGGAAAUAGAGAAAAAAAAGUUUGGUUUUCCGUUUUGUGGUUUUGGGAGGAAGAAGAAUAAGAGUCGCGUGAAAAGAUUUCGUCGAGAAAAACGGCAGCCAGCCGGGGCAUUAAUCCCGGUCUCUUCCACAUAGCAUCCGCACGGAAUCCAGGACGGGGGCCUACGGGUUGGAGCCUCUCUUUCUCUCUGCCUAGAGCCGGUCACAUGAUUCCGCAGUGCGGAAUUGGUUCUUAAAGGAGCGCCAAAAAAGGAAGGAAAAAAAAGGAGAGGAGAGAAAAAGCCAUCAAAGAAAAUAAAAACGUCCGAAAAAACGGAAAAGAAGAAGAAGGACGUCUAAGACCCUGGCCAAAUCUGCGGUCAUCGUAAUUGCGCGUCAGCUGCAUGUUUUUCCAACACGGAGCCGCCAUGAAGAGGUUCACAUUUAAAGGAGUCUUGGACAAUUUCCGGCAAUCCGUGAGUCAGCCGACCAAAUCUGAGCAACCGGAGCUGGUCGAAACGCUGAAAACCGAGCACUGCCAACUAGCCAGAACGGCUCGUCAUGGAUUCCCGCAUCAACCGACCGCCUUGGCCUACGAUCCGAUUCAGCGGCUCGUCGCCAUUGGAACCAAAUCCGGAGCCAUUCGAAUACUUGGACGACCGGGAGUGAGCGUUCAAGUUCGUCACGAUCCGGUUCCAGAUCCGGCGGCGGUCGGAAGCGGUGCCCGAGGUGCUGAUGUCACGGGAGCGGCCGCCUCGUCCGUUAGUGCGGGAGCCGCCGGUGGUGGUGACGUUCCAGGUGGGAGCGGUGGCGUCACCCGGGGAAGCAAUGCCGGACUAGCCUCCGGAUCGGCUGGAAUCAAUCAUCACUCGGGAGCCGGGGCAGGUCCGGGGGGAGCCUCCAACCCCUCGUCGUCGGGUGGCGGCUCUGCCUCCUCCCUGGUUGGGACCGGAGGUGCCACAGGUGGGCAGUACAAUACCGCAGGCAGUUCAGCACCGGGGGCAGCCGGCCAGUCGGGCAACGUUCCACCCAACCAUGCUUCCGGCUCUGGUCAUCAUCCGUCUCACGGCACAUUUUCAACUACGGGUCCGGCCGUCAUCCAACUCCAGUUUCUCAUCAAUGAAGGAGCCUUGGUGUCGGCCACAUCCGACGACAGUCUCCACUUGUGGAACAUCCGCCAAAAGCGGCCGGACAUAGUUCACUCCCUGAAAUUCCAGCGUGAAAGGAUUACCUGUUUCCACCUGCCGUUCCAGAGCAAGUGGCUGUACGUCGGCACGGAACGCGGCAACGUCCACAUUGUCAACAUCGAAAGCUUCAGUCUGUCGGGUUACGUCAUCAACUGGAACAAAGCCAUCGAAUUAUCCUGCAAGACUCAUCCGGGUCCAGUCAUUCACAUCAGCGAUUGUCCUACGGAUCCCAGCAAGCUGCUGAUGGGAUUCGAGUCCGGUCUGGUCGUCUUGUGGGACCUCCGAACCAAAGUGGCCGACUCGCGUUUCAUCGCCAGCGAACCUCUUCGCUCCGUUUCGUGGCUCUCGGACGGCAAGCAGCUGAUUAGCGCUCACACUGACGGAUCGCUCUACACGUGGAACUCCAGGGCCGGACCAAGGCCGGCUCCCGUUUCCGUCACGUAUCCUCACGCUAAAGGAGGUCGAGAAGGCAAGCCGGAAUGCAAAGCCAUCCAGAAAGUCGAGUGGAAAUCAUCGACCAGCGGGGACCCCUUUGUUAUUUUUUCGGGCGGUUUACCACAAGACCGGCCCGGUCGAUCGUCCAGCAUCACCGUCGUUCACGGCCGUAAUACGACAGUCCUGGAAAUGGAACACAAUGUCGUCGACUUUGUCGCCCUGUGUGACACUCCCUGGACCAGCGCGGAAGAACAAGAUCCGCACGCCAUCAUCGUCCUGCUGCAAAAUGAUCUAGUCAUUGUCGACUUGCUGACUCCGGGCUUCCCUUGCUUUGAGAAUCCUUACCCGAUGGAUAUCCACGAGUCGGCCGUCACCUGCUGUCUCUACAUGGCCGACUGCCCGGGCGAUUUGAUUCCGGCCCUCUACUCGGUCGGCGCCCAAGGACACACGGGUUUCAGCAAGAGGGAAUGGCCCAUCAAUGGUGGCCAAUGGGGAUCGCUGGCCCCGAGCUACGCCGAAAUCAUCGUCACUGGACACGUCGACGGAACGGUCAAGUUCUGGGAUACGUCUUCGUUAUCGCUCCAGGUCCUCUAUCGAUUGAAGACCAGCAAAGUCUUUGAGAAAUCGCGAUCCAAAACCCUAAGGCCGGACGGAGAGGUCGCCGCGGCCGUCCUCGUCGGCGCCAACGAGCCCGGCAAACAGCACUUGGCCAUCAAACAGUUAGCCAUGUGCCCGGAGAAUAGGCUCCUGGCCAUAGCCGGAGCUUCCGGCCAUGUUGCUCUUUUCAAAUUCAGGCGCCAAGAAGUCAGCCUGGAAACGACCGUUUUGGGUGUGCCGCUCUUUUUUGAUAGCACAGAUGAGCCUCAGGGCUCGCCCUCGUUCGGUCCAGGAGCGGCCAAUCUGGAAUUUUGUCUGAGAAAAGAGCAACCAAAUCCUUUGAGUGUCAGAGGAGGCGUCUACCGACGCCCGCCGGGCUUCCAAGUCGAUUUGGUGUGUCUCAGCUCAUGGAUGGAUGGAGAAGCGCCAGGAUCCAUUACCGCCCUAUCUGUCAACUCGGCUUACGGCUUAAUGGCUUACGGCAACGACGGCGGACUGGUCCUAAUUGACAUCAUCCAGAAGUCGGUCCUUCUCAGCAUGGCCUCGGUGGAUCUUUACAGCUCGGCCGAUCCUUACACGCGACUCCCGCGCUCGCCCAAGAGACCCACCGACAGCGCCAACAGCCGAGCCGCGGCGGAUCUUGACGACAAUUCGGUCCGCUCACCUUCCUGCGAUCAGAACGAGGUUGUGGAGCAGAGCGUCGAUGAAGUAGAUACGAUCAAGCCCAGCAGCGAAUGUCUGGAAACGGAAGUGGACCGGGCCGUCGAAGCUCUGGCCGACGACUCUGAGCCAAAUCAGCCGGAAGCGACGACCGAGGAAGAGGGCGGCAAAACGGAAAAUGGCGCCCGCCAGAGAAAGAAGAAGAACAAUUUCAACUUGAAGAAGCAGCUGUCGAAGGCCGAUACGAAAUUGCGCGAUCUCUUCGCUCCCGUCAGCCGGCGAGGAUCGGGAGCCAGUACUGGAACUGGAACUGGGGGAGGAGGAGGAGCGUCGGGAGCUGGGGGUCUCGUUUCACCUCAUUUGCUGCCCGAUUCGAAGCCCGUCUCGCCGCAGGAAGAGCAUCCAGUUUUCCAUUUCCCCGAGCCGGCCAACUGUAAUGCAGCCCUUCCUCCCUUGCCGCCUCUUGCAGCCAGCGGCGAUAGUCCGGUCGAUAGUGCGGCCCCCAGGACCAAUCCGGAGAUUCCGCUUUUAUUCGACUCGGACGGCAAUCCCAUCCGACCUCCGCGCCGCUUGAAAAAGUCGCUCAGCGCGGCCGCCGCCACUUGCCAGCCCAAAUCGGUCGGUAACCGCGAUUCCGGAUGGAAGAGAACCUGGUACUCUAGCGACUCUGACUCGACGGCGGCCGCCACGGCCACAGCGGCCAUGGCGGCCCUAGCGCCGCCGGCUCCCAUGCAGGUCCUGGAUCUUCGUUUCGAUCCGAGCGACGAGUGCUGCCACACGGGAUUUUUGGACAGCCUGGUCAGGAAAUUUAACAAAUCGGACACGGCGUUCACGCGAUCCAGGAGUUCCAGCACUUCCAGUUUGGAGAAUCAUCCGAACGAGGCCGUCACCACUCUCACUUUCGCCGACACCUUGGCUCGCAAAUUAGACACGGCCGUUUCGGCUUCCUUGUGGGUCGGUACUAGCCAGGGUUCCGUUUUGGUGAUCGUGAUCAAUUUGGCCGCACCGGGAGAACCUCGCCUUACUCAACCGGUUAUGGUUUCGCCUAGUGGGAGCAUCUUCCGAGUCAAAGGCUCUAUGCUUUGCGUGGCUUUCAUUGAACCCUCUGGCAGCCUCAUCUCGAACCCGAGUGAACCGUGGCGGGACGAGACCAAAGAGGCUCGCGAUCAACCGGCGCGGACCGGCGCCGCUGGCGGCGUUGGCAACGACGCCCUUUCUAGCGACGACCAGUACACGGUGAUGGUCUCGGAGAAGCAGGCACGCGUCGUCUCUCUACCGUCGCAGACCUGUCUCUAUCGCGUCAACCUGGCGCCGGCCGAAGGCGCCUUCGCCGUCACAGCCAACGUCGUUAGUCUUAAAGAUGGUCCGUGUUUGGCCACGUUCUUAUCCAAUGGCCAUAUCCAAGUCUUCAGCUUGCCCAGCCUUCGACCGCUGAUGGAUGUCGAGUUCACUCCGUUGGUCGAGCUGAACUUCCAAACGAGUCGGCAGAAUUUGGUGGAUCCCAUGUUGAACAUUUGGGCGCAACAGCAGACGUCCGUCAACGAGGAUUCCGUCAAGAUCGCUAGGAACUUUCGUUUCACAUCACACGGUCACGGCAUGUACUUGUGUUCUCCCUCGGAAAUGGAAAAGUUUACCAUCUCUUCGGCAUUUGCAUCGACUCUCGGGGAUUUAAUGGGCGAGAUGUUCAUGCCGUGUGAAAUGCCCGAGCCGCCCAAAGAAGGAUUCUUCAAAGGUCUUUUCGGCGGAGGUGUCCGUCCGCUGGACCGAGAAGAACUCUUUGGUGAGUCAACGGGCAAAGCCGGUCGAGGCGUUGCUCGCCACAUCCCUGGACCAGCGGCCAACCUGGAGACGUUGACUUACAAGGCCGGCAGCGUCGCGGCCGAGGUGCAGAAGACGCGCCAGGCGCUCAACGAGCGUGGCGACAAGUUGGGCAUGCUGGAAGAUCGCACUCAAAGGAUGGCCAACGAGGCCGAAAAUUUCUCGAACGCUGCCCAUCAAUUAAUGGUCCGCUGCCGCGAAAGGAAAUGGUAUCAAUUGUAAUAGGAGACUGGAAGAACGAAAGAAAAGAAAAGAAAAUAAGGUGGGCGCGGACGCAGCCUGGAGAUGAAGGAAAUGAAAGCGACAAAUCACGGCUCCUAAAGAAAAACGGACAUCUCCAUCGCACACACGGUCAUCAUUUUCUGUCAAGCUGGACAAUACUUCUUUUAUUUCGGGUUGUUUCCAUUUCUUUCCAUCUCUUUCUUCUACCUCUUUCGCUUUCUAAAAAAUCCCCCUCGAGAUUGGGUUUUACCUUUUUGUUUUUGUAAAAUGUAAAAGUUGAAAAUUUCCAUUCGAAAUUUUGUUCGGGGAAAAGUCUUUUAGGAACAAAAAAAAAAGAAAAAUCAACUAAUCUGCGUCUAUUGUCAUUGAUGACAACCCGCUUUUGCCACCUCUCGUGAAACUUCUUUGGUCCUGUCAUUUGCCCCCCUUGUUGCGGAAACUAAACGCGAUAUUACCACCCCACCACUCACAACAAAAUAUAAUAAUCUCUUAAUCUAUUAACAGGACAGGAAAAAAGAAAAGCAUCCCGGUUUUUUCUUUUAGUUUCUCCUCUCUCUUUCUCACCUUCAAGUAAAAAAAAAAAAAAAUUAUGAUGAGUACUUCUUCCAAUGCAAAUGUGGCGAUAGUUAUAACCUUUUUGUUAUGUUGUUGUUCCGGUCGGUCUCUUAUAUAAUUGAAACACUAAAAGGAGGGGGAAAAAUUAAACUGGAAGAAGCAAAAAAAAAAAAAUAAUAAAAAUAAAACCAAAUUCUAUUUAUACAUAUAGACUUUAGAUGACUUGAUACGUUAUUCCCCCCCCCCUCCUUUUCCCAUUAUGUAUCGAUUUGUUAGAGAGAGGAAGGAAAGAAAAAAAAAGAAAAGAAAAGAUGACCCCCCAACAAAACAAAUCUCUUUUGAUUCCAUCGGCACAAUAACCUUCCAUUCGUUGACUGAUAUAAUAUAAAUAUAUAUUACAUGCUCGUGUGUUGUAUUCUAGGCAAGACCCCUCCUCCCUUUUGGCUAACCUCCCAUCCCAUUAACUGGCGUACACACCAAAAAAAAAUGUACGGGAUCCAUUAGAAGUUUUGGGUAUUUUUUGUUUGUUUGUUUGUUUGUUGGUUGGUUGAGUUGAUUUUCCGCUAUCCGCGCCGGGUGGUGGGAAAAGGCAACACUUUAUUGGGAUCGUGUAUACUCUUGUUGUUGUUGAUUUGUUUCCCCCCCCUUUUAUCCUUCAUUUGAUUUGUUUACGUUCCUCUCUCUCUCUCUCCCCCCCCAAAAAACAAUCCCGUAACUCGGUUAACCUCCUCCCAUUUGUUGGCACACGCUCGGGAGUUUAUAUUGGAAGUACUUUUUUUGGCGCUAGUCUCUACUCUCUCUACUCUUUCUCUUUCUUACUCUUGUCUCUCCAUCAGUCCGAUCGGCCCAAAAUGGAGCGCCGAUCGCAUUGUUGUUGUCUCUCUUCCUUCCUGACAUCCUCUGUCUCCCUCAUCUUUUAACUGCUGUCACACCAGAGACUUAAUUGAAUGUAGCAGGUCAUAACAAAAAACUGAUGGGUUGUUCAAAUUUUUCCUUGUUUCUAGAAACUUUAUAGCGUGUUUAAUAAAACGGAGAAAA